AUGGGGUAUGGCAGUGAUCAGGACACUAGUAUGGGGUAUGGAGUGAUCAGGACACUAGUAUGGGGUAUGGCAUGAUCAGGACACUAGUAUGGGGCAUGGCAGUGAUCAGGACACUAGUAUGGGGUAUGGAGAGGAUCAGGAUGCUGGUAUGGGGUAUGGCAGUGAUUAGGACACUAGUAUGGGGUAUGGCAGUGAUCAGGACACUAGUAUGGGGUAUGGCAGUGAUCAGGACACUAGUAUGGUGUAUGGCAGUGAUCAGGACACUUGCAUGGCAUAUGGGGGUGAACAGAAUGAUGGUAUGG